GCUGCCUGUGAGUGGUCUGAGGUCCUGGGCAGCUGGCCAAGCCUCGUUGCUAUAAAAGGGAGCCGACACUCAGCCCUGCAUAUCUUUUGUCAACUCUGUUUUGGGGAGGCCUGGUAGGGCAAAUCCUUGGGCACUAUGCUGACGGACCUGGAGACUGCCAUGAACUCCCUCAUUGAGGUCUACCACAAGUACUCCCUGGUGAAAGGGAAUUACCACGCCAUCUAUAGGGAUGACUUGAAGAAAUUGUUAGAGACGGAGUGUCCUAAGUUUAUGACGAAAAAGGAUGUAGGCACCUGGUUCAAAGAGUUGGACAUCAAUGAGGAUGGUGCACUUAACUUCCAGGAGUUCCUCUCACUGGUAAUAAAGGUGGGCCUGGCAGCCCAUGAAGACAUUCACAAAGAAUAACAGAGCUAUAGAGCCCUGGGUCUGGUCCCCUGGACUUGUCCCCUCAGAGUAAUAAAGUAACUGAUCCCUCA